AUAUAUAUUUUUGGAGAGAGAAAAUAAAAGGAAAAAAUCCUCGACGUUACUCAUGUAUUUUCUCUUCAACAGCAGGAGGCUUCUGUUGCCAUCGUGUUUCUUUCUUCGAGCAGUUCAUUCAACUUAGUAUGGAGCAAACUUUGUGGGGUCAUUUGCCGGUGUUGCUAAAUGUUAGUUCCAAAGAAUCUAUUGAAUUUAUUCUUCAAGCCCUUUGGAGAACCAGAAAGACUGGCCUUCAAUCCGAUGACAGAUGUAUCAUCCAAGACAUGCUUCAACUCCAAAAUGACUAUGACCUCGACCCGCUUCUGGUUUGCCUCCGAAUGUUAAUCAGGAGGUGUGUUUAUGAAAAUACCUGCAAGGAUGAUUAUCCAAAGUUGUUUCCCAGUGAAGUUCUGCCUGAAUUGCAAAAGCUAUUGACACUUCUGUUGCAGAAGUUUCAGCAACAGUGGCAAGAAGAUGUGUUGAAAGAUCAGAAUAUUGUGCCUCGACUAAAGGCAAUGACAUGGAAUAUGGCAGAUCAGGAUACAGAAUUAUCAGACCCUACAGCUGUUAUUAAUUUGAAGCUUCAAAAUGAUGCUCGAUUCCACUCGGGAGAGUUGGAUCUGAAGUUCCAGUUGGCUACAGAUUCUGUAGAGAUGAUGCUAAAAGAAAUGCACAAUAUGAGAGACCAAUUUUCAGCCAUGGAUGAGGCACCAAAAGGGAAUUAGAACGGGAAAAAAACACUAAUGUACUAUAGGAGACCUAUUUCACUUAUGCACGCUGGCCUCCGCCUCAUUCAAAUGCAAACUCAUUGUUGUAACUCAUCCAACAGUGGCAUUCCUUUGUUAAAGGGAUUAGUCUGGGGAGACUGAUAAACACUUAGUUCCUUAGCAAGACAGUGAUUAGUAUUGAUUGAGAAGACUAGAAAGGCGGAAAGACAGUGCAAAGAAUAUUUUAGUAGAUUAUGUCCUUGAUUGGAAUGAGACGAAAUCUCUCUGGUAUGGGGAGACUAGUUUAACAGUUGGUUGUUAUGAUUUAAUAUAAAAAUAAACAUGUACAUUCUUCUUA